UCCAAUCGAAACCAUGGUCAUCGGACUUUUAUGCCCUUCUCAGUUCACAAGUCCCUGGCCUGUCGUUUGGUGGCCGGUAUCUGCCCCUCAUGAGGCGCAACUGCAUCGGAUCGGAACAUCGGACUGUCAACGACGGCGACCACUUCAUGUUGACGUUGGUCAGGAUGCGGGGGCUGGAGGUUGGACAAACGCCGUACCUAAGCUACAAAAACCGUCUGGAACCUCCUUGCUGGUAACGCCGUGCAACAUCAAGCAUCGUGGAAAGGUUGGCCAGAAUGGCGCCAAAUACUAUUCUUUCUUUGUCAGCCACGGACCUUCCUGUCUGGAUUGUUGUCGUCGGAGCGGCUGUUGCUGGCAUUGUGCUGCUCGUAGCCUCCGUCAGACAUGCCUCAAAGAGGACGACGGCAUCACCGCCACACCUAUUCAUACUCACCUUCCCUCCUUCGCGACGACACAUUCUCAGCAGCUUUUCCCAGUUUGAAAAGUUUUCCGUUGCUGAUCAAGCCGAGAUCUCACCACAAGUCCUGCAGAACCGAGCCUUGACCACUACGAGGAAACCUGAUUUAUCUAUUGACAACUUUUACACCCCAACCGGCUUCUCAACCCAAGAAGUCCGCUCUUUGGUCGGCCGUUUUCCUGACUAUGCGAGCUUGAGUGGAGUGCCACACCCGAGCCCAGUUUCGCCAUCAUGGGACAUCAAGAGGGCAAUCUUCAGGCCGUUUAGACCGUUCAGGUGGAAUUAUACACAGAACAUGGCACUCAUGAAAUACAACCCCGAUUUUUGGAUCGAGCUGGAACAGAACUACCUUCCCACCAUGGCCGCCCGGCAACAGCUGUUUGCUAAGCACCCCGACCGGAUCUUCUUCCGCGGACCCGGGGCCGACCUCGCCUGCCGUGAACUGAUGGAGAUGCUCAUCCAAUUCCUCUGCCGCCGAUACCCUUGCCACUUUCACCUCUCCAACGACAACACACUCUUCCAUAAUCUCCUUCUCAAGACUGUCACCGACUUGACAUCUACCCCACCACUGAAGGUCAUCUUCCAAAACAUCCCCGAAGACUACGCCAUCAUGCUCCGCAACGAGGAAGAUGGUCUAUAUUACCUCCGCGCGGCUAGCGUGUGCAGCAGCGUAGGGUGGCAUAUUGCCCAACACAAAGACCAGCCGAUGAAGAAGAUUCACACCCAUGUGCCCGACGCCGAUAAGAUGCAGUUCUCCCUUGAUCGGUGGUUUGCCAAAUUACCAACAGAUAAGCCAGUGAUGAGAGCCUCAUGGAGCAUCGAGGACUGGCAAGCCAUGUUUUCCUCGCCUGGCGUGGGAGCGUUUCAAGGGGAGAACGAAAAGAAGUGGAGCCGGAGUGCUUUUGCGGAUCGACCGGCGGAGCUGACGGUCAAGGAGCUGAAGCUGAGGUGUGAUGCCCAGACGCUGAGGAGGUUGCCGGUGAGCGGGGCGGUGGUGUUCAACUUCAAGGCUAUAUUCACUCCGCUGGAGGAGCUGAGGGACGAGCCAUUUGUGCCAGCGCUACUUCACAAGGUGUUGAGCGAAGGGAAGGAGAAUUUGAUUGACUACAAGUCAGAUAGGAACGUCAAGAAUGUGGCAUUGGAAGCUUUGAAGGGGUGGGCUGAUGAGCAGGUCAAGGAGGGAGUGGUGCCGGGAGAUUGGGAGGUGAGCACGCUGGAACAAAGUCCAUUUUACCCUGGUUGGGAGGAGAAAUGGAAGAGGAAGCAGGGGAUUGUGUAACCAAACUAUAGAUUAAGGAUGAAAUUUGCUGUUUCUAGCUGCGGAGCGAUUGGUCGUAGCCCAGUACUCGGUACCUUACCCCGUCUCAGUCUUGGGGCGGUUAGUUCGAGAAAGUAUUC